AAAUAUAAUCUCAGUAAUUUAUAUCCAAUUUAAUACGAUAGUUAUUAUGCAUAUUUAUUUAUUCGUAUUACUCACUCCAUCACCAAUAACCUCUGCCAAGUUCUCUUUCUCUCUCCGUCGGCGAUGCAGAGGCUAUCCAUAGACGCAUCAGCUUCGAAGCUCCAAAGCUACGAUAUCAAUGACUCCAAGCGGAAAGAAUCACUCUCCUCUCCUCCUCCCCCUUCUUCGUCGUCAUCGUCCGCCGCAGAUUACGACGAUCACGACCUCAAGGACGUUAAGCUCAGACGGUUAUCGUCGCCUCAUCAGAAACGCGAGAACCUCGUCCACUUCAUCCCCGUCCUCACUCUAAUCUGCUUCGUCAUCCUCUACCUCUCUUCUCACGCUCCCUCGCAAUCAGAUUUGGCUCAGUUUAACGGAUUCAUGCGUUCAUCGAAGCGUCUAGAAUCCGACGAGGAUGGCGAAAUCUCUGGGUUGAUGAUCGGUACCGACGCUUCGGUGGCUAUCCGGAGUAGCAUAAGGAAGUUGAGAGAGACGGAAUCGCUUCCCCGCCGCCGAACCUCUCACCGGAAAACUGCUGACUUCUAGCUUUUUUCAUCGUCUUCUACAGUUUUCUUGUGGUUUUUGUUCAUUGAAACUCAAAAAAUCGCGAUUCGCGUUUCUGUUAUAACUAAUUGAUAUUUAAAAAAAAUCGAAAUCGCAUCGCCGGUU